AUGUCGCUGUUUCCGCUCUUACGAGAGCAGUUCUCGGGCAGGGAAAGGCCCCACAUGCGUAGCGUGCUGCACUGGGCGCAGUGCCCGAGGAUGACCGCAGAAGAGACGACACAGCUGCAGGAGAUUAAUGCGCUCUCCGGUGACCAGUUUGCUCUGUUAAGGCGGAUUUUGUCGGCCUGGGAGCGGGGGGACCUUAAUGCACUGCAUCGGAGUUUGCAGGACUGCGCCGCCUACUUUGACCCCAACAAGCCGCAUCUACUUGCGUACUUUGUAGGAAUUGGUGGCAUUGACUUGUUUGUCACCUUGCUUUGUGACGUGAACAUGCCAGCGCGGCUGGGCAAGACAUCAUCGCGCCCGUUUGGCAUUUAUGAUGCCAAAACGCAUGCACCCUGGCAAUUUGUUAGAGCCAUUGCGACCUUGAUGCGGGUGCUGACGGAGUUGCUCGUCUGCCACAAUGAGCUGGGUUGGCACUACUAUGAUCGCUAUCCUGGACUCUUCUUCAGGCUACUAGAGCUGGCAAAGGUGAAGGAGCUGCGGCUGACCGCCCUUGUCAUGCUAGAGCACCUGGUGCUAAGCGUGGGUCCUGUGUUGGAGAUCUCGAAGGUCCCGGCGCUGCAGGAACUGAUCCACACCAACGAUGCGGCAACAUUGGCUAUUUUGUGUCGUGUAAUCGCGCUACUUAUUGUUCCAGGGGUGGUGUUGAAUCACCAUCAAUCCCCUCACCAGCGUCUUGUCUAUCCUGAGUCGCUGCUGCCGCUGCGGCGCAUCCAGCGGGUCAUUGAUAGCAACGUUCUCUGGUUGAUCGGGGAGAAGGACCUUGUGAAGCGGCUGGUGAUGCUGUGCGAGGUGCGUGGCUCCAGCGAUCUUGACGCCACGAUGCGGAACGAACGUUCGGUUUCCUUUCUGGAAGGGUCCUUCUUUGACCAGGUAGUGCGGGAAUUGUCCACCACCGCCAUUACUGCAGUCCCGUCGUUGACGGGCGGAAUUCUGUCUGCAAACUUUUUUGGCGGCGUGGACUUUGCACAGUUGGGGCAGGCCGCCGCGCGGGGCUGGAACCGCGGCAGCAGCAACAACACCGACGCCGCCGAGCCUGUAGGCAGCUCUGAGCGAGGCGCUGAAUGGGGACUCGCGGCAGGCGAGACCGUAACGGACGACUGGGGCGCAUCGCCCCAGCUGAUGUUGGGUGCCACGAUGACCGCGUGGUCGGACGACGACACCUCCGCCGCCUCCAUCGAGCCGGCCGGCUCAAACGUAGAUUUCAUCUGGUUCGUCGGCUGCGCUGACGCUAAGCAGCGGUGGCGGCUGCGUGACCUGACACUGCGGGAGGAGGUGGAUGACAAUCGCCCAUUACUCUGUGGAUUUGGGCCGGUGACGGACAGCAAGGCACACGAAGCCUUUUGGAAAGAGAACCGCGCCUUCUGGCAGUUCCUUGCCCCGGUCCUGCAAAACUCAAAUACUUCCGAAAAUCCGCAGAUCAUUGUGGGGGCACAGAGCGAGAUUCUCUUUGUGCUAAACCUCAUGCUGUCUACCUUCUUCUUUGGGGACGUCUGGUGCACGCUGCGGGAUUGCCACUGGAUCAGCGUCGCAAGCCGGUUUUACGACUCCGCCUUUGAUGUACGUUCCCACCACCGCUCGUUGACGUCGCAGAUGGAGCAGCUGCAGCGGCUGUCGGAGCUUCGCCGGUUCCCACGCUUCCUGCCGCCAGAUGGUGACGACGCGGAGAUGGCGCAUACAGAAGCCGAACACAUAGAAGAAGAAGAACGGGGGGAAGAGGAUGAGGGGGAGGAAGUGCACGGCGGCGGGGCAAGUGAAACCCAGCAAAAAGGACAUCCGCCACCGCCAUCAGUACAGCAACAACUGGUACUGCAGCAGUGA